UGAUAACAAACCUCGAUUUCUAAAUAAACAUUGAUGCAUUCUAUGGUUUUUACUCUUCGUUUCACAUCAGUAAAAUUGUUUAGUUUGAAAAUGAAUGAGGCAGAAAUCAGAACAUCUCGAAUAAACAUAUUGUAAUGUUUCUAGGAAGACUGUUUUGUAAUGCACUGGAUAGCUCAUAUUGAAAGUGGUCCCAGGCGUGUAAACCAUGCUGCCGCUGCUGUUGGUGAAAGGAUAUAUACCUUUGGAGGUUAUAGUUCUAUGGAAGCUAAUGCUUAUAGAAGCAAAUUGCCGAUAGAUGUUCAUGUGUUGAAUACUGAAAAAAUAUACUUAGAUUGGCUAGAAAUUGAUAAACCUAAAAGAAGCAGUCCUCAAUACAGUGUAACUCCAUUUCAACGCUAUGGCCACACCGCAGUUGCUUAUGGUAAAAAAAUUUAUGUAUGGGGUGGGCGAAAUGAUCAAAUAGCCUGCAAUAGGCUCUUCUGUUUUGAUACAGAUACAUUUUUAUGGUCUAGCCCGUCAACAACCGGUAUAGUGCCUUAUUCAAGAGAUGGACAUUCAGCGUGCAUCAUUGGAACUUGCAUGUACAUUUUUGGCGGAUAUGAAGAAGAAUUCGAAAGGUUUUCUCAAGAAGUUUAUGCUUUAGAUUUAGAGACAAUGCACUGGACAUAUGUAGUUACUAAGGGAGAAAGCCCACCUUACACAGAUUUUCAUACUGGCACAGCCAUAGGCAAUAGAAUGUAUGUAUUCGGUGGACGAUCAGAUAGAGCAGCUCCUGAUACCUCUGAGCAUGACUAUUACCCAAAUGAAAUCAUGUAUUUAGACACCGAUACUUGCAUGUGGGUAUCGCCUGUAGUUAGCGGAAACGUACCUUUAGGAAGGAGGAGCCAUUCUGCUUUUCUCUACAACAAUGAAUUAUACAUUUUCGGUGGUUACAAUGCUCUUGUAAAUCAACAUUUCAAUGACUUGUAUAAAUUUAAUCCUUUCAAUUGCACUUGGUCGAUUGUUCAAACUGUCGGAAUUUGUCCAAAAGAAAGGAGGAGACAAGUUUGCAUAGUAGUGCAAAAUAAGAUGUAUCUAUUCGGUGGAACGAGUCCUAUUCGAGACCCAGUCUAUGAUGAUGGAAGCGAUUCUCCUGACGAUCAUGAGUUGAUGGAUCAUGAUGAUCUCCAUGUUCUUGAUCUAGAUCCAACAUUGAAAACUCUCUGCAUGCUGUGUGUGAUAAAUAAUCAUAUAAGUCACAGCUGCUUGCCAAAGGACCUUAUACAAGACUUGAAUAUAUUACAAGCAAAUCUUUGGAUAAUAGACCAGAUGACUUUGUAAAGUUUUAAUAAUCCAAUCACUCCAGAGAGCCAUCGUCUUUUAUAAUUAUGAAAAAAAAAAGUGUAAAUGUUUUACAUUGAAUGUAAAUAUGUAAAUUAUGCAAGUAAAUAAGUACGUUGAAUACUUAUGCUUUUUUUUUUCUCAUGAUACUAGAGUUAUAUUUUUAGGUUUGUUUUUAAUAAAUAACGAUAAAAUCUGUUGUUUUUUGUUUAAUAUUUGUAAAUGUUUAUAUAA